UUUUCCCAGAAGAAAAAAAACCAAAACCCGUUUCUGCCUUUCAUUUUAAAUGGAGCAUUUGCAGGAAGGCUUUGCAGUGUUACAUCCAAAACCUUCUCCUCGAGGCUGUUCAGAGCCCUAAACCCUCCAGUACCAUAAAGCGAUGUGCCAACCCCGUGCAACGUUCAGAGCAGAGGGGGUGAGGGUUAGCCCAGGCUCCCAGGGCUGGGAUGCGGAGUCUCCAGUGCCUCAAGGGUUACACCGGGGCACUGCUGCUGCUGCGCUAAUACAGCCUAAGCUGAUAUUAGCCAAGCUUAACUUCUUUCAGCAGUUUGCAGAUGGGAAGGGGGUGGGACGUCCUGGAGUCAGCAGUUCUUAAACAAGUCCAUGGAACGCCAGCCUGAGACCCAGCCAUGAGCUGACUGCCUGUAAGGGGAGAGGAGGGGAAACCCGCUUCCCUGGAGCUGAGUUUGCCGUUUCGCUCCUGGAGAAGAUGCAGGCUCAGGAAAUCCUGCGGAGCCUGCGGCUCCCUGAGUUCGACGACCUCAGCCAGUUUUUCCGCAACCUGCCAGCCACAGCACUGGUGGGCAUUGGUGCCUUCGCAGCCGUUGUUGCCUACUGGUUUGCCAGCCGGCCCCGGGCCGUGAAGCCGCCCUGCGACCUGCGGAUGCAGUCGGAGGAAGUCGAGGGCCUGGCUGGGGCACGCCGGUCGGUGAUCGGGGACAGCCCGCAACUGCUGACACACUACUACGACGAUGCCAGGACCAUGUAUGAGGUCUUCAGGAGGGGAUUCAGCAUCUCCGAAAACGGCCCCUGCCUGGGGUUCAGGAAGCCCAAGCAGCCCUACCAGUGGCUGUCCUACAAGGAGGUGGCUGAAAGAGCAGAAGCUCUGGGUUCAGGCCUUCUUCAGCAGGGCUGCAAGCCUUCCACAAAGCAGUUCAUUGGGGUCUUUGCUCAAAACCGUCCAGAGUGGAUCAUUUCCGAGCUGGCUUGCUAUACCUACUCCAUGGUGGUGGUUCCCCUCUACGAUACCUUAGGUCCUGGAGCCAUUCGUUACAUUGUCAACACAGCUGACAUUUCCACAGUCAUUUGUGACAAACCUGAAAAAGCCAGAAUACUCCUCGACCACGUGGAGAGGAGAGAAACCCCAGGUCUGAGCUCCAUCAUCCUGAUGGAUCCCUUUGAGAAGGAGUUGACGGAGAGGGGAAGGCGCUGUGGAGUUCGCAUCCAGACCAUGCAGGAGGUGGAGGACUGUGGCCGUGAGAGUCGACAUGUGCCUGUGCCUCCUCGGCCAGAAGAUCUAUCGAUUGUCUGUUUUACUAGUGGCACUACAGGAAACCCCAAAGGUGCUAUGCUGACUCAUGGGAACGUGGUUGCUGAUUUUUCAGGCUUUUUGAAAGUGACGGAGAGUCAGUGGUCUCCUACUUGUGAGGAUGUACACAUUUCCUAUUUGCCUUUAGCACACAUGUUUGAGAGAAUGGUACAGUCUGUAGUUUACUGCCAUGGAGGGCGAAUUGGGUUCUUUCAAGGAGAUAUUCGUCUCUUGUCUGACGAUAUGAAAGCAUUGCGUCCAACCAUCUUCCCUGUCGUGCCACGGCUGUUAAACAGAAUGUAUGAUAAGAUCUUCAGCCAGGCAGACACGUCCCUCAAGCGCUGGAUUCUGGAAUUUGCUGCAAAACGGAAAAAGGCUGAAGUUCGAAAUGGGAUCAUUAGAAAUGACAGCUUGUGGGAUAAACUUUUCUUUAAUAAAAUACAGGCGAGCCUGGGGGGGUGCGUUCGCAUGAUUGUCACCGGUGCUGCCCCCGCGUCUCCAACCGUCCUGGGCUUCCUCCGUGCAGCCCUCGGAUGCCAGGUUUAUGAAGGCUAUGGCCAAACAGAAUGCACAGCUGGAUGCACCUUUACAACUCCAGGUGACUGGACAUCAGGUCAUGUAGGAGCCCCUUUGCCCUGUAACUUAAUCAGAUUGAAGGAUGUGGAAGAGCUGAAUUAUUUUGCUUCCAAAGGAGAAGGAGAGAUAUGUGUGAAAGGACCAAAUGUUUUCAAAGGUUAUCUGAAAGAUGAAGAGAAGACAACUGAAGCACUGGACCAGGAGGGCUGGCUUCACACUGGAGACAUUGGGAAAUGGCUGCCUAAUGGGACUCUUAAAAUUAUUGAUCGGAAAAAGCAUAUAUUUAAACUCGCUCAGGGAGAAUAUAUUGCACCAGAGAAGAUAGAGAAUAUCUAUAUCCGCAGUGACCCUGUUGCCCAGAUCUACGUCCAUGGAGACAGCCUGCAGGCCUUUCUGGUGGGAAUUGUUGUGCCCGAUUCCGAAGUUAUGCCAGGCUGGGCAAAGAAAAGAGGGUUCGAUGGAACAUAUGCAGAACUCUGUAAAAAUAAGGAACUGCAGCAAGCGAUAAUGGAAGACAUGGUACGGUUAGGUAAGGAGAGUGGACUCCAUUCCUUUGAGCAGGUCAAAGCUAUUUAUAUUCACUCUGAUAUGUUCUCAGUACAAAACGGUUUGUUGACACCAACGUUGAAGGCUAAGAGACCAGAACUAAGAGAUUACUUCAAAAAACAAAUAGAAGAGCUAUAUUCAAGCAUCUCCAUCUGAAAUCACCGCAAGGAUCUUCUGAAUAAUGGACUUCGUAGCAAUAUUAGAAUAAUACUCAAAAGUACAGAGCCAGAACGACACAGCUGAAACGGAUAAGCAUCUGAAUCUUACAUUUGAGCAUUUAAUUUUUCUAGGAUGUCAGCACUAACCACAUUUUUCCUUCUUUUUCCAUCAGGUGUGAUAGUUUAUUUUUUACUCUAUGUACACAGUAGGGUACUACUAAGAAUUAUGCUAAAUUGCCACAAAACAUAUGGAAAUUUCAGUCUAUGACCAAGUAAAUUAUGAAAAUGUACCUUAUUAAUAACUAUAAACACUUCUAAUUCAAACAGAAAAUUUCACGUAUGUCUGUUGAUACUAGAUUGUACAUAAACUAAUACAUUAGAAACUAAAAUUGUGGAUAAUUCAAUAAUGUGGUCUACCUCAAACAAUCAGUGAUUGAUGAUGAAAGUCUAUUUUCCCUGAUCUGCAACUUCAAGCUGGAUAUUGUUUUAUAUAUUAAGUGAUAGUUUUUGUAUUUUCCAAGACAUAAUUGGCAUUGAUUUGUUUUAAUCAUUAAUGACCUACCUAACAACCAGAAUACAAACAGGAAUGAAUCUCCCACUAUUUGUACUUAGUAGACCUAUGAGUAUAUUACAUCGAACAGAUUAACAUUACCUGGAAAUUACAUGAACAGGGUAGGAAGCACUAGGCUAGAAUUCCCUCUCUUUCCUUUUCAUCUGAACUCAGUUUAUACACGGUGUGCUGAUUUUGCAUUAGGGCCGCCUUCAGUACACUCACGGACAUCUGAACUGCUCAAACCGAGAAGGUUGCAAAAGCAUCGCUGGCUCUGUGGCAGCUUUCUGUGGGAGUUCACAUUAACCCGUGUGCUCCCGGUUCCUAAUUUAUUACUUUACAUGCUGCUAAUACUGCAUCAUCCGGUUGGACUAACUCCCUUUCAGAAGCAGUGCUAAAGAAACGGAGCACAAGGUAUAUAAGCUGCGAUUCUGAACAGGGCUUAGCAAAAUGAAUUCGUUUGGGAGGAAGGCCAGCCCGUGGUGCAGCAGCGGAGGGCAUCCUUCGGCUGGCCGGGGAAGAGGAGAAAAUACUGCCCUGCAAGGUGCGCAGGGGUGGGUGAAAGGCGGUGGCAGCCGCUGCUGCUGUAAGCUGUCGCAGCAUGGUAAAACAUUGGACAUGGCUGCAGAAUGGCCUGCUGAGAGAACAUCUGUGUUCAGGCGUCUGGAAGCCUCAGUGCCCGCUGUCAUCGUUUCCAGGGCCUUCUCUGGAGUAAAGAGCAAGUUUUCCAGAUGAAACCUUAGAUUUCACAGCCAGCUGCAGCCAUUAGGAAAGGGCUAAGUCCCACGUGGAGUAGGAACAGACUCUAGAGCUCUCUCCUGAUACAAAGCACGGUACAAAACAAUGAGAAAACAAGUCUAGUGGCUUGCAUACUUGGAUUGCCGGUGGCUUCCUUCUGCUAAACAGGGUCCUAAAUACUUAUGUGUAUUUUAAUAGCUGCUGUUUGUUGCACCAGUGCAUACUAGCAUGGAGCUGUGCCUGCUAGAUCAUCUUUGCUAGGACAGUGAAAGCACACUUAUUUUCUCUCUUAAACUGGAGUCCACUGUAGACUUUUGAAGCUAAAAGUUUAAAUUUUUCAUCUGAACGAUCUCUUACUUUCCCUCUGAGAUUCCAUUGCAUGCUUCAAAAUGAAAUAAAUUGAAUUAAUGAGUUAGCGUUACAUGAAGACUGAUUUAUUGCAGUGAUUUCAGAACAAAAUGAUACAAAGGAAAUUGUUGUCAGCUAACACCAUCACUCACAGAAAGAACAUGGUGAUUUGAUCUAUCAAAUGCGCGAGUACGUGUCUGAAUCCCUUUUUGCGCCUGAUUCCUCAUUUGAUUCCAGUGCAAUGACUCAUAUCAGUCCAAAGCAAGUAAGAAAUAUUGCUACUGUGACCUGAUGGUAUUGUACAGUCAUUUGUCACCAAUGUACGCAGCAACAGCAUCCCUGGGGAAGUUGUGUCUGCCACAUCUACAGGGCAUAGGAAUUACUGGAUAAAAUCUGGCUCUUUACGUCAAGUCAUAAAGGAUUUUCAUCUCCGAGGAAUCUAGUUCAUCUCAUUUUUGUAUCAGCCAAAAGACGGUCAUUACAUACGCAUGCUUCAAAGAAUGAAGAAUUAGAUUCAAUACAAUUUCCUGUCUGUUUUAAUGUGACUUAUUUUUUAAAUAAAAAGCAAAACUAGUCAUCUACAUAAGUACAGAAAAGCUAUUUUCCACUGACCUUUUUCUACCACAUGAAUUUAAUUUGCUUUUCUCCUAAGUUGAUUUCAGUUUACCAGACUUUUCUAGACAACUAAACUCUGACUUUGUGUAAGUAUAGAAGAUGCCAGUAUGAGUUUGUUUACAGCUUAGGUGGCUGUUAGCUUUACGUAUAUAAUGCUGGGUAACUUCUUUUGGUAUUUGAUGCAAAAUGUCAGAUGUACUAGAGCCAAAGAUGAGAACACCAAAAGAAUAAGAAAGAAAAAAUAGGGACGUGGCCACACUAGGAUGACGCAAAAUUUGGGAGAAAUUGGGUUGUUACACCAAAAGUGUGAAUAUUUUCAGAGCUUGUGAAAAGCUGUAUAAAUAAACUAAAAUCUUUCUUUAAUGCUUUCUUGUGUAAUCAGAUGCUCCUCUGCAGGUCAGUCUCUCUCACCGUAAUUGUAAUAACGUUGUAAGAGAUUAAAACUCAAAAAGAAUACAUGCGUAACAUAUAAGCUAGGCACAAACAUGCUUCUCCUCAAAUUGCAGGAAUAUUUAUUUUGCAUUGAGCUUUCUUAAACUGAAAUACUUGUUGUGCCUACCAAGGAAGAAUCUCCAGGGCUGUUCAGUAACCAGUGUGGGGUUUUUUUCCCCCUCAAAAUAACUAAUUACAAAAUUAAUUUAUUGAUAUUCAUCUUACUGAAAGAGUUUAGACUCAAACGUGUAAAUGGUGAUGCAAGUUACCUUUCCCUGUAAAGAGCCCUAUUCUUGACAGCUUUGGGGUUUGAACUAGUCGCUGUCACCUGGGGCUUCAUUCCGCAAUCAAUUAAUGAAAAGAAUCCAGCGAGCCCACUGAAACAAGCACCGCUCCAGCCUGCCACGGCCGGUGGGAUGGGUGCACGGUCAGAGUCCAGCCCCUGCGCCCAGGCUGUGGCUCGGAGCGGCGAAAGCACAGCGGCCUCGCGCAGCCGGGUCAGACAGAGCAUUUGGCACCGUCGCCCAACGGCGGGUGCUGCGGGCUGAGGGACGGUGGUCUUGGGCGUGUUAAAUAUAGCAGGUUCUUCCCGCGUCUGGUGCUAUGCCUGUGAAACCACUGGGAGGCUGUCUCCAGUGCUCAUAUACAAAACUCAGAAUAAAAUACAUUUUCCAGGAAGAUAAUAUUGCUUAGUUAUGUGUUUCGUAUGUUCUUUGCUCAAUAUAUUGCACAGAGAAAAUACCAUUCUGCCACAGAAACGGUCUGGUACACACAAGUGGGAGCAGAAACCAUACCAGUCUUAACCCCAUGUUGGCAGGAAAUACACAGCAUUAUUCUGUCCUGAAAGGCACAUUUGCCAGUUAAAAUGCUUGACGCACAUCAGGUGAGAGAGAGACGGUGAGUUAUUGAUAAAGUACUGUUUUGCAAUCUGUCCUCACUGUUAGCAAGUAUGUAUCAGCAUCAAUAAAGUCCAGUGUCAUUUUUGCCAUGAAUAUGAAAUUCUUGCAUAUAACAGAAACUAAUCUGACUUAAUCUUCUGGGAUGAAACAAAUUAACUUAAUUUUUUUUUAAUUUAUUUUCCAUGUGUUUAAAGCACAAACUGGUGAUCUAUAUGUAAAUAAACUGCUUCAAGAUGAAUGUAAACUGGGAAAGAAUAUACUAUUUUUGCAUGGUAACAGAUUACUUAAAGACCUCUUGAUGCCUUACAGGAAAUUUGGAAAAGCAUUUUAUUUAGAGGCAAUUCUGUCUGUGUACUUUUUGUAUCUUUAGCUCACUUUGGUUUUGUCUAUGGAAAAUAAAAGUUACCAGAAUUAGAUCUUUGUUUCUUCUUGGAAUUAACAUUUAUUAGUACUUUGCAUAUGCAGUGGUUUCUAUACCACCCUUACUCCUGUAAAAUGACGAAGCUAAGGCUAUGCUUUUUGGAGGAGAAAUCUGGAUGCUUGUAGUCUGGGAGGUAAAAGGGUUUCGAUCCCUGGAAUUGUUCCAAAAUAAAAUGUUUUCUGAGGCAUCUAGAGCCCCUUUAAGCCCUUCAUUUCAGCUUUUUGUUAUGUAUUUUAGCAAAGUACAAGCAGCAAACAAAUGAGGCGUUUCCAUGUUGCCUAUUCUAUUUCCAACUAACGGUGAAGGGGUUAAAAUAGAACAUAUGCAUUUGUGUAAAAAAAAAAAAAAGAGAAAAAUCUUAUCUGUAAUUAAAGAUUUAGCAGUUUUGGUAUAUCAGCAUGUACGUCAAAAAGUCAUCUAUGGAAACUUUUGUAAAGAAAUAAAUUUGUCCCAUUUCUCAAAACCGCUCGUUAGCUUUUUCUCAUAGACUGAUGUACGAUUAAAGCUCUUUUAUAAAAAACGUUGCUGCUCCAGCACUCUGUCCUCGCAAUCCGUACGGUGACGCAGAAUGUGUGCCUAUACUAAACGUGUUGUAAACAAAAAAUAAAUUAUGUGUAAAAUAAAGUAACAACCAAAGGAAUAUUGGAACCUGAGAUUGGUUUUAGCAAUCUUCUACGAAAAAAAUGUUGCAAAGUUCUCUGAAGAUGCAGCACUUUCUGUAAUGGUUUCAUUUUUUAUUUUAAAUCAAUAAUAAUAAUAAUAUAACCAAAUGUAUAUGCUUGUUUAAUAUGAAUUGACAAUUGGGAAUGCAUAGUAUUUUUUCAGACUAUGUGUCUAAACCAAUAAAGUUUAAAAGC